AUGUGUGUUCUCUUACAGCUUUCUAAGCAGUAUGGACCCAUCUUCACUCUCUGGUUUGGUUCUAAACCUGUGGUAGUGCUUUGUGGAUAUGCAGUUAUCAAGGAGGCCCUGAUCAAUUAUUCUUAUCAGUUCGGAGCUCGUGGAUCCUUACCGAUAUCACAAAGAUUGUCAGAAGAUUUUGGUAUCAUCACCACCAAUGGUGAACGCUGGCAGCAAGUUAGACGGUUUACUGUGACCACACUGAGGAAUUUCGGAAUGGGGAAGCGGUCAAUGGAGGAGCGAGUGCAGGAGGAAUCCCGUCACCUUAUAAAGGCUAUAGAGGAUACUGGAGGUAAAGUUUUCAAUCCUCACACAGCUCUUGGACGUGCAGUAAACAAUGUGAUAAACUUGGUGGUGUUUGGCCGGCGCUGGGUCUAUAAGGAUGAGACGUUCUUGAAAUUUCUCUCCAUCAUCAACAACAUGUUUACGUUUAUUCGAAGGCCUCUAGGAGUGGUAUAUGCUACAUUUGAGAGUCUAAUGAGGUAUCUUCCGGGACCCCAUCAGAAAGCGUUUGCAGACUGCGAGCAUGUGAAAGAUUUCAUUACUGAGGAAAUUAACUCCCACAGGAGAUCCCUGGACCCAGCGUCACCUCGAGACUUCAUAGACUGUUUCCUCAUUCAGGCCAACAAGGAAAAAGAUGUGAAGAACAGUGAAUUCUGCCAAGAAAAUCUGUUGAUUUCUGUAUUUGAACUUUUUUUUGCCGGAACCGAGACCACAUCCAGCACCCUACAGUUUAGUUUGCUGGUGAUGAUAAAAUACCAGAAGAUCCAAGAAAAGAUACAGGAGGAAAUAGAUUCAGUCAUUGGGUCAGGCAGACUGCCCAGCUUUGCUGACCGCUUGAAAAUGCCAUACACCAAUGCUGUCAUCCAUGAAAUAAUGAGAUACUUAGAGCUCGUCCCAAUGGCACUUCCACAUAAGGUCACCGAGGACACCAACUUCAGAGGCUUCACCCUCCCCAAGGGAACAACUAUAAUUCCUCUCCUAGCUUCUGCACUAUCAGACCCAGAAUGCUGGAAGUCACCUUAUGACUUUAGUCCAGAACAUUUCUUGGAUGAGAACGGGAAGUUUUGUCGAAAAGAAGCUCUGAUCCCUUUCUCUGCAGGAAAGAGGAUCUGCCCUGGGGAAGGUCUGGCUCGGAUGGAGAUCUUUCUCUUCCUUACUGCCCUGCUCCAGAAAUUCUCCUUCAACCCUACAAAUCCAACUGACACAUUCAAUCUGGAUGUGCUACGACAAACCAUCCGAAAAGGGGGGCUCUCCUACAAUUUAAGAGCCAGUCCUAAAAUGGAAAAAAUGAAUGGACACACAAGCGCAAAACUUGAGGACACACCCUAG